UUUUUUUAAAUACUUUAUAUUAUCAUCUUGCUAUCAAUAUUGUUAAAAUGAAUAAAUGAAAAUAUAUCUCUCACAGGAUUCUUCACUGCAGCUCACUGACAGAAAUUCUCGAUUACUAUCUAAUGCGACACCUUCGCAAAGUAAUUUUUCUACCCACAAUCAUAUAUUAAUUUCUCUGUUGUUGAAUGCAAGUGACAUUGCUAGACUAAAUGGAAUCUCGUUUAGUGGACUCAGCAUUGGGAACAUUAAUGAAUUUUAUGUUCCCCAUCAAAAUGUUGCUGCGUGUGUAUUCACUUAGUAUUCUGAUGGUUGAUAUUAUUUGGGUGGUGGUUAAUGCAGUCUAUGCAAUAUUCCAAGCAUUCUAUGAAUUCUUUAAACCACCACCAUUAAAAUCUGUGAGAUUAGAGACUGCUCUGGUUAUCGGAUCUGGAAGGGGUGUUGGUCGGGAAAUAGCCAUUCAGCUAGCCGAACUAGGAGCAAUCGUUCUAUGUGUCGAUAAAAAUAAAACCAACAAUGACACUACCGUUGAAAUGAUCAAGCAUAAUGGCGGUUCUGCCGCAGGCUUUACUUGCGACAUAACGAAAAAGGAGAAUGUAAAAAGGCUAGCUGCCGAAGUUAAGAAGGACUUGGGCUCCACUAGUAUGCUGUUCAACUGUUGUGGUAUACCGAGCCCAAGGUCAUUGAUGACGCAACCUCCGCAGGAUGUUCAUGAUACACUUGAUUUGACAUUGACAUCAUAUUUUUGGCUCAUUGAUUACUUCAUGCCAGACAUGAAAGCUAAGAACCACGGACAUGUUGUUGCACUUACAUCUGUGGCUGGCCUGAGCUACCUAAAAGACCAGAUGCCACUGAGUGUAGCCCAGUUUGCUGUCCAGGGAUUGGCUGAAUCCCUCAUGGAGGAUCUUAGGAUCAACAAAAUUGAUGGUGUACAUGUCACACUUACUCAUAUAUACCCAUUCAUAGUUGAAGAGGACUCAGAUUUGAGGUUGAAGAUUUCAAGUUACUUCGGCACUAUUACGCCUGCCAAGGCCGCCAAGUCGAUCCUGGACAGCGUACGACGCAACUACCCCGAAGCUUCAGUACCUAAGCACCUGCUGUACCUAGGCCACCUACUGCGAGUCCUGCCGCGGAAGGCGACCGUACUCAUCAGGGAUCUACUCGAUACCGGAGUGGACUUUGCAUAGAUUAUAAGUGAUAAAAAAGGGAUUAGGCAAUAAAGUGUAAGGUUUUAUUUUUAAUUUAUAACGGAAAACAGGGAAGGCGUGUGAGUGAUUAUAUAUAUAAUUUUAAAAUGAAAUGACCUUUGUUACACAAAAUUUCAACUCUCUCUAUUAAGAUAUUUCCACAUUCCAUGAAGUGCACUUUAAUCAU